AUGGGCAGCCCCCGCUCCGCGCUGAGCUGCCUGCUAUUGCACUUGCUGGUUCUCUGCCUUCAAGCCCAGGAAGGCCCGGGCGGGGGGCCUGCGCUGGGCAGGGAGCUCGCUUCCCUGUUCCGAGCUGGCCGGGAGUCCCAGGGUGUUUCCCAACAGGUAACUGUUCAGUCCUCACCUAAUUUUACACAGCAUGUGAGGGAGCAGAGCCUGGUGACGGAUCAGCUCAGCCGCCGCCUCAUCCGGACCUACCAGCUCUACAGCCGCACCAGCGGGAAGCACGUGCAGGUCCUGGCCAACAAGCGCAUCAACGCCAUGGCGGAAGACGGGGACCCCUUCGCAAAGCUCAUUGUGGAGACAGAUACCUUUGGGAGCCGGGUUCGAGUCCGAGGAGCUGAGACGGGCCUCUACAUCUGCAUGAACAAGAAGGGGAAGCUGAUUGCCAAGAGCAACGGCAAGGGCAAGGAUUGUGUCUUCACGGAGAUCGUGCUGGAGAACAACUACACGGCCCUGCAGAACGCCAAGUACGAGGGCUGGUACAUGGCCUUCACCCGCAAGGGCCGGCCCCGCAAGGGCUCCAAGACGCGGCAGCACCAGCGCGAGGUCCACUUCAUGAAGCGGCUGCCGCGCGGCCACCACACCACCGAGCAGAGCCUGCGCUUCGAGUUCCUCAACUACCCGCCCUUCACGCGCAGCCUGCGCGGCAGCCAGAGGACUUGGGCCCCCGAGCCCCGAUAG